AUACGCUCUCUUCAUGACCUAUUUUGGCAUUCGAGUGUAGUCAGUGCGCGAGAGUCCCUGUUUCACGACCUUUAGUUUUGUCUACGACAUAAGAGAAUAUUCUCUUAUAGUGAGAUACUGUUUAAGAGAAUUCUCUCUUAUACCGUAGCCAACACGAUAUAACAGAAAGCCGGAUUUAAGAGAGUGAAAUUGGCUUAGACCGAUCCUCUCUUAAACCGUAGCCGCUACUGUAGUCGAAAAGUAGCCGUUACGUAGGACGCAGCUGGGACAACUUGAAGGGGCUAGGGCUCACGAACACGCUAGCGUUCGUCCUCCCGGGAGGAUCCGCAAGACGGUGCGGGCUAUGCCAAGUGAGAGGCAGCGGGGUUCCAGCAGCCAAGAGGUGCAGGAGAUGAUGGGGAUGCUGCCAUCGCUACUGCAGGCCGAGUCGGAAGGGCAAGGCCAGGAGGGGUCGGCGGCGCUGCAAGAGGGCGCCGCGGGUGCGGCGGAAUUGGGGGUUCCGCCGAGCAGCCACCGAGAGCUGUAUCCUGCGGUGGUCGUCAGGGAGGGCGACACUGCUGGAGGAGAGAGCAGCGGUUUGCCGGGCGUGGAAGGCGCCCUGGUGCGGGAUGUAGAGGUCCCUGCUGCAGGUGGGUUUGGUGCAUUCCAAGACACCAACUCUCUUCGUUGUACGUUCGGCAGUGCUUGCGUACAGCAGUCUGCUGCCGCUGGAGAUACUGGUGAGAGUGUCACAGCAACCGAUCAAUCCAUUCAGGGGAGGUCGGGUGGAAAAUGCGGCACGGCGGAAGGGUCGUGUCCACUGUUCUGCCUUGCUGUAGUAGCGGGCGGGGCGCACAGAAGUCGCCGGAAUUGAUGGUGCAACAGAAUGGACGGAGGGGCCGUGAAGUCGCGCAGUUUUGGCGCGCACUCCAUCUGCGGCGGUGGAGCACCAGGACGGUAGAGAGACCGUU